AGGUAGCAGGUGGCGACGCUUUGGAGCCCUAACUGAACUAUGCAACAUUAUGGCCAAGUUAGACAACCUUUCAAACACUCUUUUAUUUUAGUUACUUUAUGAAAUAAACGACCUAAAUGGUUAAACAAUACGUCAACUUUACAAAUAUACGAUCAUAGAUCAUAGCUCAUAGCCAUAUCAUAGUGAUCAUACGAUUUGUUAUGAGACUAUGAAUCCAAUAUUGCACAUUUUACAUUUAUUUAAUAAAGUGUAAAUCAACAGUUUAACAUGGAUGAUGAUUGUUGUGAAUUGCUCAGGUGUUGUUGUGAAUGUGGUCUUUGCCUAGGUCUUUGUUGCUUGUGCUGUAAAAGUAAUGAUUCAAAUCACAACUCAAAUCCGUAUGCAAAUGGUCCUGGUAAUGUAACAGUUACUACUCAGCCAGUACCACAGCAGCCAUAUCCAGUUCAUGGUGGACCUCCACCAGGGGUUUAUGGAGGAACUUCUUACCCACCACCUUCAAUGCCUUUGCCUCAAGCAGGCUACUAUCCUCCCCCUCCAAUGGGAUAUCCUCCUCAUGGAGCAUAUCCACCAGGACCGGCUCCAGGUGGAUCACCAUAUCAACCUCCAGGGGGUUACCCACCUCAUCCAGGAUUUCAACACCAGCCACCGCCCUACGAUAUAGCAGUAUCACAACCCCCAAUGCAUCCACCACAGCCUAUCCACGAAGGAUAUGGAAAACAAGCUCCUUAUAAUCCCAGUUAUCAAAGUUAAGUUAAAACAAUAAUACAAUGAAUUAAAUCAGAUUGGUUGUUAUCUUAAAUCGUCCAUUAUCACUUAUAGUUUUCAUUGACGUUUUCAGAUUAUUAUUAUUAUAUAUUUCCUACGAAAAAUAAAAAAUAAACAGUGAAAUAUUACUAGCACCGUUGGAAUUACUAUCUUUAAUUUAAAACAUCUAUAAAAUUUAGUCAGGAAUGGAAUAAAAAAAUAUAAAAGUUUCUCAGAAAACUUUCUUAAUAGGCAAAGAAUCAAUUUAUUUCAGUUACUGUACACAUCUUCAAUUAAACCGAUAUAGUGACAUUUUUUUCUUCGCUGUGUUUGCAGUUUUUCAGAUAAGAUAAAUAGAGAUGAGAUGAAAAAUAUUUUCUUAUUUUAUAAUGAAUACACAAUAAAAAAGAUAGUUCUUUUAAUUUAGGGAUUAUUCAUUGUAAAUAAUAUAAAAUUACAUUUACUCACCGGCACAAAUAAUGAACACCUUAAAAUUUUGAUGUAUUUUAAAGUUUUCUAUAUUGUGUACUAGUGGACCGAUUUUGAUGAUUUUUAAAGCCCUUCACAUAAUAAUAUGACUUUUCAAUUGACAAUGACAUUAGAAAAACAAAAACUCUAUUAAGAUGUAUCUAGAUGAUAAAGCGAUUUUUAAAUUUCUUGCUUUGUUAACAUAUUCUACAGGGUGUUUCAAACUUUUACCAAAAUAUUAACACUUUGUUUUCCCUUGUAUAAUUGGCAUAUGGGCAGAUUUUCAUUUUUAAUUUAAAAAGAAGUACUAAAAUAUCACGUAAUUUAGCUACAAAUUGCUUGAAAAAUAAUCAGAAUGGUCCAACGAGAACAAAAUAUAUUAUACUUUAAAAUACAUAGGUACAAAUUUUAAGGUGCCCGUUUUUCGUGUCGGUGAGUGUAUAUACAUAUUUUUAUAUUUAAAUUUAUUGUUAUUUAGAGUAGAUCUAUGUUUUUAUAUAUUUAUCAAAUGGGUUCAUUUUAUUUCUUAAUGUAUUUUUUAUUCAAUUGUGUCAUCGCCAUUUUAGCGUAAAAUAGGUAUAUUUCAAAUGGCAUUUAUAAAAAAUUAUUAUUUGACAUUAUCUAUUUCUUAAUGCGCACAAAAUGUCUCUCAAAAAGUUGCUUGUAGCAAAUUGGACCAUAUAUUAUUUUUAUAUAUAAUUUGAUAAUUAAAGUCUGUCCAAGGAGUUAGGGAAGAUUUUGACGUAGGACAUCCAAAAAAUGACAAAUGAUACAAUUUACUGUAAAUUAAAUUAGCAGACAACUGUCAUGUAUAUUCUUGUUGGACAGACUUUAGACGAAUAUAUUAGGCAUUGAGUAUUAACAAAAUCAUGUAUUUUUAAUCAGUGUCAAUUCCAAGAUUUUUUGAUACGUAUAUACUCAAAAAAAAA